UAUGAAUCCGGAUUACUAGCUUGUGGCUGCGGGCGGCUGUUGACCUUCACACGAACACAAGCACCACCAGAUCGAACGAGAUUAGAGACGAGUGUUGAAAGGGUACCAUAUGAUGAUGAUGUCCUUGCGAUGGCUUGGGAGAUGUCGUCGUCCUGUCCACAAUUUAGUGAUGGGUUCUCUGGAUUCUUCUUUAGUCCAGAGAAAGCUUAUAGGUGUAAAUGGUAUUGCAGCUCAGCUUCUUCAUACUUCUUUUUGCCACAAGUUCAAGGAGAAUACACCAGCCAAUGCCCUUACCAUAAUGGACAAUAUUAAGCAGAUGCGGCAUUCUCCAACUCCGGCACUGGCCUUCGGACUCUCUGGCCUUAUACCAAUUGCGGCUGCGCCUGUCUUCAUGAUUACUUCUGGAGCAUUUGACCCGAGUAUGGCUGAUACACAACUCAUUUAUGGAGCAGUUGUUUUAUCCUUCCUGGGAGGUGUGCGAUGGGGAUUAACACUGUCAGAGGGCAGCUCUCAACCUCCAGAUUGGCACAACUUGGGAUACAGUGUCACGCCUCCCCUUAUUGCAUGGCUCGGAAUUUUAGCUCCUUACUCCAUUGGGGUAAUAACUGUUAUUGCUGGAGUUGGAUUUGCUGGGUAUAUGGACCUAGCCAUGAUGGGUUACCCAAAUUGGUUUAAAGGAUUAAGAUUUUGUCUUACUUUAGGAGCUGUACUUUCUCUUUGGACAUGUUUUGUUUGUAAGUUUAUAUUAGAUGAGCUUAAGGAAGGAGAAGAAGUAAAGAGUGAACCACAGUAAAAAUUAUAUAUAUACUGUAUAUACACUAUAUAUAUGUCGUACCUAGAAGCCAGAAUGCACUUCUCGGCCUAAUAUGCAAGGCCCAAUUUGCCUAACAGGCUGAGUAAUUUUCUUUAUUUUCGACAACAUUUUUACAACUGGUUUAUUUAAAUUAUAAUUAUUGUAUUGUAUUAAGAACAUAAAAUAUUGACCUGUGUUAGUUUAGCUUAGGUUAAAAUAGGUUCGGUCAUAUAUCUACAUUAGUUUUAACUCAAAAUAAAAAAAAAUUACCUCAUAUAUCAUGAAAUUGAUAGCUAUAUCGUUUCAUAAGAAAAAAAAAUCGAAAAAUAUAUAAAUUUGGGAAAACUUGGCUUAUUAGACAAAUUGGGCCUUGCAUAGUAGGCCAAGUACUGCGUUCUGGCUACUAGGUACAACAUAUAUAUAUAUAUAAUAUCACCAAGAGUUGGUUACAUAUUUUAAAUUACUGUGAAUUUUAUUUGCUCUUAUAUCCUUGUAAAUAUGUUUUUGAAGUAGAUUCUAAUCUACAGUUGAAGUGUAUUGAUUAGGUUUCUACCUGUAGCUGUUAUUUUUUCAUGGACUAGUUUAAGCUGAUUGCACCAAUACUAACCCACCAAUGAUAAAGCAUAUUAAUCUUAAAAGUACAGUAGUUGAUUUAGCUGUUCUGAAGGAACUGUCUGCGUAUGAAGACAGUUCCCAGAAACCCCCAAAACAACUAAAAGAUUACAACCUGCAAUGAACACAUGUAUUCACAUUUAUAUGAAACAAAUUUACCCAGCAUCACUAUAGAAAAUAUGUAAGUAGUUGAUAAACUUUUGAUGAAUGUAGGCCCAAAAGAAAUUGCUAUAUUCAGUACUGUAUAUGUAGUAGCUUUAUAAAAACAAUCUAAAGGAAUAUAUUUAAAUGGGGAUGAUUGGAGGCUUUUCUGUCUUGAUUACUCCUUGGGAGGUGAGUAUCUUUGAGAAACAUGGUGUCAAGUGUAGUUAUUCAAUUUGUAAACUCAAAGACAAAUAUAUACCAACAUCUAGUCAAUAAAUGUCUUGCAAUAAA